CAAUGGAGGCUCAUGCUGUACAUUAUAAUGCCAAGUAUAAGGAUUUCUCAGAAGCUAAAAAUAAACCAGAUGGUUUAGCUGUUGCCGCUUUCUUCAUACAGGCUUGUGGAGAAAAGGAUUGUCCGGAAUUUAAGAAAAUUACCGAAGGUAUUCGUAUUGUGCAAAAAAUACAUACCACAGCUUCAGUUGAUUCAGAUUGUCUGUCGUGGAUGGGUUUGCAGGAAUUGAGCAAACAUUAUUAUACAUAUAAAGGAUCUCUAACAACUGCUCCCUAUUUCGAGAGUGUUACUUGGAUUAUAUAUCGUACACCUAUAUACGUUUCAAAAGGACAGGUUCAAGUUUUUCGUAAUCUCCAAUCAUGUCCCAAAGAUGAGACAAAGAAAAUUGUAAAUAAUUAUCGUGAAAUUCAAAAGCCGGAUAAAAAUCCAGAAAUUAUCUUCGCUCGCAAUGCUAAACCCAAAUCGAAAUUAUGAUCUAAUCAUACUGAACAUUACUACGGUAACAACAAACAAGCUAAUCAUCAUUCUAUAAUCAUAUCUUUAUAUAGUUUCUAAACAAAACAGAAAAAAAAAACUUUCAAAAUCUUUAAUACUUUAAUACUUCUUUUUUAACUAAACUCGUAAAUAGAAUUAGAAAUUUAUUAAACGUUACCAAGUAGAAUUGAAAAAGUAGAAUUUAUCUAAAUAUAAUAAUUAUUUUUACAAUUACCUUUUAAUACACAAUUAUUGGUUGUUUAAAGCAAUAUACAAUUUUAGUUUAUUUGUAAUAAAUAAUUUAAUAAUUUAGUUAAGUUAGUUUUUCGUUUUGUUAUGUUUUCUUUAUAUUUUAUUUUAAUAUUUUGAGUUUUUUCUUCUAUUUUUUUUUUUUCUCAACUGUGGUUCUUUGUUUUAACAGAUGGAAAAUAGAAUAUAUUAUUAUUUUUUUGGCAUAAACAUCAUAUAAAUGUUUUAAAAAGCAAGUGCACUUUACUUAAAAAAGGAAUAAUAAUAAUAAUUCAACUACUACUAUUACUAAUAUUUGUUUUUAAAGUAUUUCAAAGAAAUAUUACAAAGUUUUCGUUUUGUCUGGCAUGUAUUUAUAAUCAUUUAUUUAUUAAAUAAUAUAAACGAUUUUUUAUAAAUAAAAUAUUAUUAAUGGAAAGAAAAAUUA